AUGUUCGAUUCGACUCUACCUGGUAAAAAUCGAAAGCAUAUCACACUUCAUCAUACAUCUAUCUCUAUACACCCCUAAAGACCAAUUAACAGCACUUCAAUCCAAGAUUUCUCCCAAAAUGUCUUCCAAGUACGCUUCUUCCCACGUUUCUCCCCAGGGCCCUGGAGAUGCUCGUCCCACAGCCCUACAAAUCAUCAAAGGUGAGGGCCUCGAAGGCAAACUCUCGGACAAGGUCGUCCUCAUCACUGGCUGUUCCUCCGGCCUGGGCGUUGAGACGGCGCGUGCGCUGUUAGCGACCGGUGCAACGCUGUACCUGGCGGUUCGCAUUCCCGCCAAGGCGAGAGCUGCUCUGGGCGUCAUGUCUCAGAACGACCGAGUCCAUCUCCUGACUCUUGAUCUGAACGACCUCUCCAGCGUCCGGGCGUGCGCCGCAGACUUCGCGACGAAGAGCAAGACUUUGAACAUUCUUAUCAACAACGCGGGUGUUAUGGCGACUCCCGGGGGAAAGACUACCGAUGGUUUCGAGACCCAGUUUGGCACCAACUAUCUCGCACAUUUCCUCUUAUUCCAGCUUCUGAACCCCAUUCUUCUUGCUUCAUCGACCCCGGAAUUCCCUUCACGCCUAGUCAACGUUUCUUCAAGCAUGCACAGAGCUUGCGAGGUUCAGUUCGAUAACCUGAACUGGACUGGGAACUACGACCCCUGGAUGGCGUAUGGCCAGAGCAAGACUGCCCUUGUCUGGAUGGCCAACGAAGUAGAACGUCGAUACGGUUCAAAGGGCCUCCAUGCUUUCAGUCUUCACCCCGGCGGUAUUCUUAGCGGUCUUCAGCAACAUGUGCCGGACGAGCUCAAGGCGGCAUGGGGGAAGAAUGAGACCUUUGCCAAGCAUUGGAAGAGUGCUGAGCAAGGAGCAGCGACUACUGUAUGGGCGGCGGUCAGCAAGGAUUUGGAGGGCCAGGGUGGGAAGUAUCUGGAGGACUGCCAGAUCAUUGGCGCUUGGGACCCCGCGACUGGUGAAAUCGGCCCUGGCUACGCUACUUGGGCGUAUGAUCAGGAGAAAGCCGAGAAGCUGUGGCCUCUGGGGCUCAAGCUUGUUGGGCUAUCGGAUGCCGCGUAA